UUAUAUUGAUACAAAUUUAUUAGCGUGCUGUUUACAUCGUACAAACUUUGUCAAAAUGUUUAGAGCCGAUUUGGAAAAGCUUGAGCGUAAUUCCAUGCAAUUCAAAAGAGAAGUGUCUAAGCGUUCUUUGAAUUGGGGCAAACAAAAGUUUAAGCCGAAAACAGAACCAUCGCCCAUUGAACAGGAGGCCAAACCAUGGCAUCAUGUGAAAAAUGAAAUUUUAGAUGAUGAGCAUGCACAACGGACCACCAAUCGCUUUGAUAUGCAAAGCCAGGACGCUAAAGAAAUGGUAAAGCAACGGGAACAAAAUUACCGUCGCAAUAUAAUCGAAACAGGGCGUAAGGAAAAAACCAAAUGGGAAUCGUUCGACGACAAGGAAACAACGCCCAAGAAAAGAUUUAAUACUGCCGAGAGAAUAAUGCAGAAUCCCAACAAUUUAUCCUUUAAAGAACGCAAUUUCUUGCGUAGGAAAUUAACAAAAGCCGUGCUGAAAGAGAAAUCGGGCACUCUGCGAAACGCCAUAGAAGAUCUACAACAUAAUUCAGGACUUGUAAGAUCGACAAAUAAAUUUAGAAAGUAAUGGAAAAUUGUAUGAAAAUGUUUUGUUUGAAAUGAGAAAAAUUGUACAAUACACAACAUAAGUACACUACACACUUUAUAUAAAUCAUCUUAAAAAUUAGAAAGGAGUAUAAUGUGAAAUGGG